AUGAAAUCAAAUGAAAUAUUAAAUAACACUACUUUAAAUUUUGCACGUCCUCAAUCACCAUCUCAUACCGCUUCAACAACUGCUACCCAAAAAAAAAUACUGAGAUUUGCUUUGGACCCUAAUCACUCAAAGAGACAUCAAAAAACUGAAUCAGACCAUCAUAUAAUUACUGAUGUUAACAAAAAAAAUAACAACAAACGAUAUAAAUCGAUGAGAAGGUCUUCUGCUCCUGUGACUGGAUCAUUAAAUAAUAAUUCAAAGAUUCCAACAGUAAAUAUUGAAUCUAUUGACAACAACAACAAUGUAUUAUUAUCAUCUUCACCGCCACAACCACAAAAUAAUAAUUACGUUAAUGUUUCAUCAUCUGUUUCAUCAUCUUUGGAUUCUAAUGCUUGUUCACUAUCUCCACCUUCCUUAACUCCUUCCUCCUCAGUGUCUUCUUUAAGCUCUUCUGUCGGUCAACUUAGUCCUUUUUUAGUAAACAGUAAUCACAUUAAUAGCAUCAAUCAUCAUCAUCAUAAUAAUAACGAGAGAAUAUCUACUACAGUAACUACAAAACCAAAAUUACCGCCAUCUUCUUCAUUAACUCCGGCACCGCUACCAUCUUCUUUAAAUAAUUUUAACAUGAGACCAAAAUCAAAAAGUAUUUCAACAGAAAAUCCCUUCACAUCCUACUCCUUACCUGAUCGAGUCACUCCAGCUUCUUAUGAUGAUGUGCCAUGGUCGCCUGCUGUCUCAUUUUUAUCCAGUUUGGCUUCUGCAACUUCAAUUUCCCCUUCACCCGAUGACGAAGGUCAACAAGUUGGUGAUUACGUUCUUGGUAAAAUUAUUGGUCGUGGCGGGUUCUCCAUCGUAAGAGAAGGCUAUACUAUGGAUAAUUCAUGUACAAUGGAAAAAGCAUUGCUUGAAAGAGAAAUAGCAAUUUGGCGAGAAUUAAAACAUCCAAAUAUAAUAGAAAUGUUUUCUGUCAAAGUAACAGAAUAUGCCACCUUUAUCUUUUCUGAAUUUUGCCCUGGUGGAACUUUAUUACAAUACAUUAAAAAUCAUUCUAAAGCUUCCGGUAAAGGCUUGGACGAAGACGAAUCACGUCAUAUUUUCUUGGAAGUGUCUAGUGCAUUGAGAUAUUUACAUAAUGAUAUGAAAUUGGUACACAAAGAUAUCAAGCUGGAUAAUAUCAUAUUAGAUAAAGAUGAUACUUGGAAAAUUUGUGAUUUCGGUUUAACCGAAUUUCAAAACCCUGAAGCCAAUGGAUUUUCUAACCUUGACGAGGUUGCUGGUGGUUCGUUGGCUUAUUCUUCACCAGAACAAUUAAGAUCAAAGGUUUCUCUCAAAGAUCCUGCUGUUGAUAUAUGGAGUUUAGCUGUUGUAUUAUAUGCCUUGGUAACUGGUCAAUUACCAUUCAUGGACGAUUUUGAACCAAGGCUGCAAUACAAAAUCAUUAAUGGUAGAUAUGAUGAAUCAAUCUUACGUAAAGCUGGUGCUGAUAAUGAUCUUUGUGAUUUAUUAAAUGGCAUGUUCAAAGUAAAACCUGAUCAAAGAUUAACAAUAACUCAAGUAUUGGAUCACCCAUGGUGUCAACCAUAA